CACAUGCGGGGCUCCGGCCAUGGGCGGCCUCAGCGCCUCCGCCGCCUUCCGGGAGCAUCUCCGCCGGCUGGGCCUGGGGGAGUUCCCCUGCGGCGCCGGCAGCUGGAACAGGUCCCGUUUCGAAUUAAGGAAAAGGAAACCUAGAGGAAAUGCAGCCCAGACAGAGGCAGAUGCAGGCACAGCCCAGCACCAGGAAAUUGGAACUCCCAGCGAAGAGAGCCUGGAAACCUUAAUGGAGUUUGUGAGCAGCCAGGACUCCCCCUGGGCUCUGCCACCUGACUGCAGCCCCGAGGACCAGCACCUGAGGGAGUUGGCAGUACAAUCACCACAGCUUAUCCGGGACAACUUCCUCUUCUUGUUCUUCAGGUCCUUAAGGAUAGUGGAUAAAGGAGUAAAUAAAGUUGAUGAAAAUUUGUUGAAGUUUCAUAACCUGGAAGAGCUCAUACUCAGUGCCAAUCAAAUCAGCAGAAUAAACUCUGCCCACCUUCCUAGGACACUGAAGGUCUUGGAGCUCUGUGGCAAUGAGAUUGUUGGUUUACAGGAUCUGUGUUCUCACCCACCUCCAGAGCUCCAGCAUUUGGGGCUGGGCUACAACAGGCUGCUGGGCUCUUCAGAGGAUAAAUAUCUCACAGCAGAAUUCUGGCCAAAUCUUCUCUCUCUUGACCUAAGUUUUAAUAAUUUUACGGAUCUGAUGAGCAUAGUCUCUAAACUGGCUACUCUGUGGAGGCUCAGAACGCUUGUGCUCCAGGGUAAUCCACUAGUGCUCAUUCCUGGCUACAGAGGUUUUGUAAUAGACAGCCUGCCCAAACUCUGUAUACUGGACGACAGGAACAUAUCGCCUGAUGAGAAGCAUCAGUUCCAUGGUCUGUCUAGCAAGCCAGAUCUCAUUGUGAAUAAAGCACAACUGGUGGUGAGUGUUGGGAAAAUCAAAGGCAUCCCCAACCCCAUCAAGCUAGAGGAGCUGGAAAGCAGCCCGGAGUCUCCAGUGAUCACUCACAGCUACUAUGUGACAUACGAGUUUGUGGAGAGGGAGAAAGCCGAGGACACUAACAAUGCUGAGGUAAUGAAAUUCCAUCAGAGUCAAAUGGUGGCUACACCAAACCCUGGGAGCCCACCGGGGAGUGCUGACACAGGAGGAUCAGAAUCUCCAGCUAUGUCUUCUUUGCAUAAACAGGAGCCUCCGGCAAACAGGGCAAACAGUCACCUCACCCCGCGGAAGCCUUGGGCUGAGACCAUUGAGUGCAGCCACAGGAAGGAGCACGUCACUGGGGACUUAGUGGCACUGAAAGCCUUCCUCAUGGCUGGCACCACCGUCACUGUUGUCGAGGAAAAGGUGCUUUCAUGGCCCAUUGCUGCAGCUCUGGCUGAAGAUGGAGGCAAGAAGGGGAAGGCAGAUAAGGGAAAAGCAGAGGAGAAGCCAAAGGACGGUGGUAAGGGCAACAAACAGAAAAAGAAAAAGGAAAGCCCCGUCGAACUCCGCAGUGACCCGCCUCUUUUGAGAAGCCUGGGGUCUGGGCAUGUGAAUCUGGAGAGCCUCUUAACUGGUGACCAGCUUGUGGCCGUGAUGUGUGACUUCGGGGUCCUCAUCACCGAGGAAACAACUCAGCCCCCAUCUCCUAAGGAGAAGGAUGGUAAGAAGAGCAAAGAUAAGAACAAAAAAACAAAAACUGGGGGAGAAAAUCCUGCAAGCCAGAAAACCACAGUGGCUGCCAAAGGAAAAGGAAAAAACAAAGAAUCUCCUGAAGGGAAGGAAGUCCAAGAAAUCCAGCCUGUGCCUCUGACAGUAGAAUUCCAAGUUCAGUUGAUUCAGUGGACAGCCGCAUUUGAUGUCCAGCACCAAUAAAGAAAUAAGAAGCACUUGCUUGAUGAUGCAGUUUCACAUAAUAUAUGUGCAGUAAAAAAACCUACAGUCUAAAUUACUGAAAUAAAACUGUGAAGCUU